UAAAGUUCCGUACCCUAAGUAAUGGUGUCGUAGUGCUGGUGAAUCCUUAGAGCAAAAAUCCGAUAAAGAAGUGCAAAUUUUCUGCAAUUCUGCGUAGUUACUUGUACGUGUAAUUUUGGAAACAUUUUCAAUCUGCCUCAUUCAGUUCUACAAUAGAACGGUCUCUGAUACAGACAUUACCUUUUUCCGAGCUUGUUCUGUACACAGCGGAACGAAAAAAAGUGCAACACUGAUAAGAAAGUUGAAAAAUGUGCAAGUGAAAAUUCAAUAUUUUGCAUUCGUAAUUUGUCAGUCAAAAGUGAAGUGUGAAUAUCGCUAGAUGUCUAAAUGGUCUUAGGAUGGAAAAUCGGUCAAUUGUUUUCACACUCGUGUGCAUCAUAAGUUAUCUUUGAAUAGUUGCGAAGAAAAUUUCUAAUUAAUAUUCAAUGGUUCACAAAUUACAUAGUUGUUGCAAUAAUCAAAUGUCGAGAGAAAUGUCCAAGCAGACGUACGUAUUGUGUACUAUCGUCAUGGCUUUAAUAACCCCAGCGUUUGCAGAACAGCAUGAUUAUUUUCCAGGUUUGAGGAGAACCAAACCGAACCAGGCAGGUCACACUCCAUGGAUGCCCAACGAUGCCAGGGAAGCUCCGGAGUUUCUGAAAACCAUAAAUGAGCUCAUUGAAGAGCAAGCGCGGCGACGUUUCCUCGAUCACUUGCAGCGACUGCAACUCAACAGAAAUAUUCUCCAGCGAGCUGAAAUGGACGAUGUCAAUCGACCGGCUUUUACAUAUCAACUUCCGCUCAAAACGCAUGCUGAUCUCGACAAACCAGUAGAGUUUGCUGUGGAUCCGAGCGAUCCGCGGUUCUAUGACCGUUAUUCAAAUGUGGACACUGAAAAUGCCGGCGCCAGUGAUAAUCAACGAGCACCCGACCAAUUUGCGGAUAAUGUGAACCCUCACAAUCCGAAUGUGAACCUUCCUCCCUCUCCUCAGGACAUAAAGCCGAAACUCCCAAUCUAUCAGAAUCAACCACACCAUCAGCACAAGCUCAACUAUAAGGAUCAGCGCAUUCAGGAAAAUUUGGUUCCGCAACGCGUCAACAGCGUAAUGCAAAGACCCGUGGAAAUGGACGGAGCAAUGGCCAUGUACAUCGUGGCCUUGAUUGGCGGCAUUAGCGCUGCCGUGACCGUUGGGUUGAUUUCGGUCGGCAUUGGGUGGUACACUUUACAUAAAAAAGCAAAAGCAGCUGCUGACGUUGACUAUCCAGCAUAUGGCGUCACGGGACCUAACAAGGAUCCAUCACCGACUGGGGAUAAGAAGCUAGCUCAGAGCGCUCAAAUGUAUCACUAUCAGCAUCAAAAACAGCAAAUAAUAGCAAUGGAGAACCACAACAAUCAUGUUGAUAAAAAUGGCACCCAUUCCGAUGCCGAAAGCGAAGACGACAAUGAAGAGGGCGACUACACCGUUUACGAAUGCCCUGGUUUGGCACCAACUGGAGAAAUGGAAGUAAAAAAUCCUCUGUUUUUGGAUGACCCUCAACUAACCCCAGGAGCACCGCAGACUAUUGCAUCAUCAACUACAGCUAGCAUGAUCAAUGAGAAAGCCAUCACCGAUAGUAAGGUCAAACAUGGAGGCCAAGGCACACAGGAUAUACAAAACAACAGUCAAUCUCGUCAGUAGAUAACCGAUUGGAGCGUUUAAACAUUUUUGUCCGAAUCCAGAAAAAAACAUUAUCUUGGAGGGAGUUGGUUGUGGUUGGGAAUUAGUUCCCAUUGACAACGUAAAUUUGUUCUCUGUUGGUGUGCAGCACUGCUGCAGAAAAAAAAACAAAUGUAUCAUAACUAAACUGACACUAUGUAACAGCUGGCAUAGACAUAGACAAUAUGGAGAUUCUGCCUUUGAGAGAAAUAAUGAUUGGUUCAUUGCAGAUUUUAACACUGUGUUAGUAAAUCUAUCAGAUAACCACAUUUGUCAAAGUUCUUCAACAAACAAAAAGUGGACUUUUUGUGAUUAAAAACACGCUUGGAGCGUAUUCUUAAUUAUUUAUCAGACCAAAGAUUAUAUAUUUUUAAAUAAUAGUUUAUUAUCAAAUUAUAAAAAAAAAGAAAUAAAGAAAACGAAAGGCACUAAAAGGGCUAUAAGCGGAAAGCCAAUAUUGUAUGAGGGUAUAUUAGUCAUUUAUUCAUUGUAAAUCAGAUGGAUGGCUUAAUUUUCUGUAUAUUUUUGAAAACAAACAAAUAAAUUGUAACAUCCAAAGAAACAAUUAAAUAUUAAUGCUUAAAUAUGUGUAUAUGAGAAACUUACUAAAUAAAACAUUUGGCUAAUAGCAGAUUCAAUUAGUAUACAGCACCUUAAUGGUAUAAUUGUAUAUUUUACGGAAAUACUUCCAUUUACUUAAUACUACAGUUUGAACAAGUUUAUGAUACAAAAUAUAUAAACAGUAAAAUAUUUUGAUAUCAGCCAUUUCUGCUCACCUAUCUUCACCAUUACUUAGAAUGCAGUGAAAAUCUGAAAGUCGAAUCUAAACUUGUUCAAGCAGUAUAAAAUAUCGAUCAAGGUGUGUAUAGGAGCAGAUGAAUCAUCUUAUAUCUUCGUAAAAGUUAUUGUAUUAAAAAAAUCUAUAAACUAAGA